AUGCGGCUCCUGCGUAUCCUUGACGAGUUCCCACCGAGCAUGCAUGGGAUUGAUGGUCUCGCGAAAUAUGCUUUGAAAGUGGUCAAAAGCCAUAUUAGACGUUUCAAUGGCCAAAAGUCAGCACUUUUGCUUGUUUCAUUAGGCCCAUAUCGCUCGUUUCUUGAUAUUAAAGCAUUCGUUUCUGAAGACAUACACAUCAAAUUCUUGGUUAAGUAUAAUAAGGAUGCGAAAGUAGGUUGGGUCCCAGAAUUAACAGAGGUAGAGUCUGAAGAUAUCGAAGAAAAGUUUCCAGAGUUCGAUGUUGUCCACAGCGAACGGCCUAAAGGGCCAUGGCAGCCAGCCUUUAGAUCCGAAGUAUUGCAUGCGAAAAUCGACAUGUAUACUAGAAACUAUAUAGACGCUGUAUGGCUGUUGUAA